CGGCUCAAUGCUGAACGCGUGUGGCCCCCGGUGCGUAGAGUGUGUGCCGUUCGGGUUUUAUAAGUGUCACCAGCUGCUUGAGAAAGAGUGAAAUAUUUAUCUAAAAUACAAAUUAGUUUUUACUUGUGCUGUUGUACUGUUGAAUGAUCAUAUCGUAGAUCUGUUCGAGUUAGCACGCCGGAAGCCCAACGUUUAAAGAUGUUAAUUUCCCCAUUCGCAUGUGCACUGCCAUUCAGCAUAGUGUGAGCGAAAAGAACGCCCGGGGAUUGUGUUUUCCAUUCUAGCAAUCCGAACACCGAAAUCCGAACACCGAGCGCCCGUACACCGAAGGACCAAGGAGCACAUCGGAAAGCUCGCGUGGUGCAUAUUGUGCGUUGUUGCUCUGGCCGCUGGUUUGGUUUUUUUUUCUGCAUGUUUGCCUUUUGAGGUUUUGGCUUGCGCGUUUUCGGCCUGUUUCGGUUUCGGCCGCCCCGUGCGAUUGUGCGUCGAUUCAGUGUCGAAAACCGAACGCGAAUGGGAAACCGAACCACCGGCAAUCGAACGGCGAGCCGGCGCUAAAAGCCACCCGCUCUCCGUCUCGCUCGCGGCGCGGAACACGGUCGGGUUGGACACGGCGAGCGUUGGUGGAAUCUCCGUGCACCCUGUGCAUCGAAAUGUGCGAAAUGUGCUACAGUCGAUCAUCGAACGACGCCGACUAAGGAGGCAAAACGGAUGCGUGAAUUGUUUGUUGCGAAAGGCCGACGACGCCGUGAAAGAGUGCUUUUGAAUCCUUUGCAACGCGUGAUGUACUAAACCAAUGUGUGUGCUGCGUAGUGUUUUUCAUUUCCAGAAAAGUGACAGACUUAAAACAGUGCUGCCCGUUUUUAUUCUACAAUAUUCGCCAUUUAAUAUUCGAGUUUAUCGCUUUUCGCUCGCUGCCAUCAUCGCCAUCGACGACAGCAUGGACGACCGACGACAGUGGCCCGCUGGAACCGAAUCGAAACCGUUCGUACCCGCGUUGACAGUCGCUCGUUAGUCGGUGUUAGUGUGCGGUCCGGUGUGGAUGAUUUGGUUUCACCGUUCGCCGUGGUGACUUUGGAGCUCAGGUCGAUCAAAAAGUCGCUCAAGAAGCAGGAUUUUCGGCCAAACAAUCGCACCAUUGUGAACGUCCUCGAUCGUGGUGAAAGGUGGUGAUGGCUUUUAUGGGCCGGUGUUUCGCUGCUGCUUAUUGAGAGCUGCACGCACGAAUUUUGUGAUUUGUGGACUGUUUUUUUUAAAUUGCGAUUGUGGUGCUUAGAGCCCGAUGGCCAGGAGCGAGACGGACUCGGUGGGUGGGCCCGUGUCACUAGGCAGCAACGGGAGGCUGUGCGGCGGUAAUCGGGCCCGGUCCGAUGGAUGGUCCUUUCAGCAGCGGAACGUAUUCGCGAGUUUGCUCAUACUGUGUGCAGUUUGCUGCUUCAUUGAGUGCAACGAUGUCAUCACGUCGAAAGGAGAACUGCCAGCAGUAUCAUCGGUGAAAAAUACGGUAAUGGCCGUUUUCAGUCCAAUGGUCAAAGCGCCCGGCCCGUGCAAGUUUUUGGCCGGUACACGUAAACAGAACCAUCAGUGUCGGCGCGAUAUCGGGCUGCCAGAGGCCAUUAAGGAAGCGCGUCGGUUGGCGGUCACCCACUGCCAGGAACAGUUCCGUUACGACCGGUGGAACUGUUCGAUCGAAACCAGGGGCAAACGAAAUAUUUUCAAAAAGGUUUACCGCGAAACAGCAUUUGUGCACGCACUCACUGCUGCCGCCAUUACGCACGCGGUCGCCCGUGCAUGCGCGGAAGGCAAGAUGACCAAGUGCCAGUGCGCAUCGGAACGCAAACCGGAGGCGACCAGUCUUGCCUGGCGCUGGGGUGGAUGCAGUGACAAUCUCAAGCACGGCAAACGAGUCGCACGAAACUUUCUCGAGCUGCAGCCGAAAGCGGGUGAUCCGGUCGCCGAAAUGCUACGACAUGAUAGUGAGGUUGGCAUAAGUGCAAUUACCAGUGCAAUGACGGAUCGCUGCAAAUGCCACGGCGUUUCGGGCUCGUGCUCGAUGAAAACGUGCUGGAGAAGGCUCGGUGACUUCAAUACGACUGCAGCACUGCUGAGGACGAAAUAUCAUCUUGCCAUACGGAAGAUUCCGAUCAACAACAAAACAACGCGUCGAUCGGCACCAGGGAUCUUUCGUCCAAGGGAAACGGUCUACGAUCAGCUGUACUACUUCGAAACCUCGCCAACGUUCUGCUCGGUGACGCGUGGCCGACGCUGUCUGCAUCCGGACAACUGUGCGACACUCUGUUGUGGACGCGGCUACACCACAAAGGUCAUCAAGACGCUAGAAAAGUGUCGCUGCCGGUUCACCAACGGACGCUGCUGUCAGGUCGUGUGUGACUAUUGCGAAAAGUACGAAGAUCGAUAUUACUGUAAAUAGUAGCUUCAUGGUGCAUACACUGGCACAUUUAUUUAUUCCCAUUCACAGUAGCUUGUAAGAGUAGAGCUGCAUAAACAUAAACCAAUCUGUAACAAACAGGAAGAGUAGCUUCCUAACAUGAAUUUAAGUUCACACGAGACGUUCAUGCUCUCCAUAACAUCCUAAACAAAACGAUCAGAAACAUUGUUUGAAGGAAACUGAGAAAGAAACAAAGAAUAACAAUGUCAGUCUGUUUCUUUGUGUACAUUUUGAUUGCAAACAUUUACGGAAACAAAGCUACCCAGCACAGCACAUUUUAGACUACACAAUCUCUGGUGGCCAUUCAGUAUAAACUCUCUAGUUCGCAUAUCUUUAACGAAUUUCAAAACAAACUACCCAUUUAAGCAUUCAAUCGUAGUCAGUGUCAAGCGUGUCUGUAGUAGUUGUAGUUUUGUUUUCCCCGUGGUAUAUAUGCUCUACUCACGUGCUUGAAAAAUUGAAUACAACAAAAGGAGGAAGAAAACGAAUUGGAGUGACAGAGAGAGAGAGAGAGAGAGAGAGAUAGAGAGAGAGCACGAAAGAGAGUAAGAGAGUAUGAGUGACAAAAGAGAAUAAAAUAAAGUCCAUCAAAGUAACAGCAUCCAAACCCUAAUAUAGGCUAGUUUUACAAAACAUUCUUUCCUAAUCUACAGCAAAAUAAACAUAAAUAUAAUGUACUAGUUGUA